AUGGUCAAGAAAGUCAGCAAAGAUGCCCCUGCUGCAGAACCAAGCAGCAUCUCACCCCCCUCGUCAUUCGAAGAAGGCGCCCUCCCAAAGCUCAUAGUAUUCGAUCUGGACUAUACAUUAUGGCCCUUCUGGGUCGAUACACACGUAACACCUCCCCUCAAAGCUUCUGCCGACCACAGCUCGGCCAAAGACCGAACCGGUGAGACCUUUGCCUUCUACUACGAAGUGCCCUCCAUCCUCUACUCUCUACGCGAACGGGGCAUCAAAGUCGGGGCAGCGUCGAGGACAAGCGCUCCGGAUUUGGGGCGGGAGAUGUUACGCUUACUGCAUAUUGCGGAUGUGGAGGGCAAGAAGAGGAAAUCGAUUGAGUAUUUUGAUUAUCUAGAGAUAUAUCCGGGGAGUAAGAUUACGCAUUUUACGAAACUGCAGAAGGCUUCGGGGUUAGCGUACGAGGAUAUGCUUUUUUUUGACGAUGAGGCUAGGAAUCGGAAUGUGGAGACUUUGGGAGUUACUAUGCACUUGGUUAGAGAUGGAGUCAACAAAGCGGAGAUCAAUAAUGGGAUUAAGGCAUGGCGCAAGAGACAUGGACAUGAAUAA